ACUAGGCAAUGCACAUCUCAACCUAUUUCUAUUUUCAAUGAAAACAAUAGAUGUACUUCGCCGUUAUCGUACUGUGUGCAGAGGAUUGGCAUGAUGUUUUUUAAAAUUAAAUUGAAAAAUUAUGUACGAGUAUCAUAAAUGUUUAAAUUAUGGCCGAAUUUGAUGCUAUAUAUGAAGAAGAUGUGGAGGAAGAACGUUAUAUAGAUGAUUUUUUAAUUGAACCUGUAGUUGUUCGAGGAGCUGGAAACAUGACUGUGUUUGGACUGAGUAAUCGUUUUGAUACCGAAUUUCCCUCUUCUUUAUCGGGCAGAGUUGCUCCUGAAGAAUACAAGGCAACGAUUACACGAGUGAAUUGUGUCUUGAGAAAAACACUUCCUGUAAAUGUCAAGUGGCUUUUCUGUGGUUGUUUAUGUUGCUGCUGUACCCUAGGCUGUUCCCUAUGGCCUGUAAUAUGCUUAAGCAGAAGGACUCGUCAUUCUAUAGUUAAAGUUCUGGAAUGGGAAAAUAAUCACCUUUAUCACAAACUGGGGUUGCACUGGAGGUUAAACAAGCAGUGGUGUGAUUCUAAUAGUAUGAUGGAAUACCUGUGGCCCCCAUCACUUGAGAAGAAACCACCUUUAUUAAGAAGGGCUACCUGCCUAGCCUAAUCCUUUGUUAUCGGAAUGGUCAUAAUAACUGUAGCUUGAAAAGACAGCUGGGGCAUGUAUCACACCUCUUUAUGUAGCAGUGUAAUUAUCUGUUUUGGUGGGAGUGAAUCCCUAAUGUAUAUUAAAGAAAUUGUUUCCCUCUGUUUUUCUUUGUUCCUGGAUGGUUGCUUAGUAAAUAUACCCUUAAAGAAAUGAAUCCUGUUGCACACAGAUUGUUGUUCCAUACAGGAAAAGAUCCCUCAAAAGAGGGCAGCAUUAUGGGAAACUAAUCUUUGUAAGUAACUGGAGAGUAUCAGAACUCUGGUUCAAAAGCUUGAAGGUGAAUUUUUAUUCAAAUGCUCAUACAGAUGAUGCUUGAAGAAAGAUAUCAGUAUACAUUUGAAUAGUUCUUUGACACAGCUUAAAGAAAUCUUUUAACCCUCUGAGUGUUAUGACCGGAUUUAGUUGUCCCUUGUUUCAAAAACUAUCAUACAAAGAUUAAUAUUUAACUUUUUUCCGUUUGCCUGAGAUAACUCGGGAUAGUAAACUAAUA